AAAAAAAAAAAAAAAAAGACUCUUCUAUUUCUGUAUUUAUAUCUUAUCUUGGUGACAAGAAUUAUUCUUACUAUUAUGUCCCAACCAACCAUGAAAGACAACAAUCAAAUAGGGAAGGCUUCUUCCUCAUCUGCCUCCAACAAACCCUCUCUCACAUCUAUUCUCUCAAAAUGCUAUACCACUGCUUCAAAUGAAUUCGAAAAAUUUUGUACUGCUUGGGGAUUUAUCACAAGACCAUUACAGAUACCUGAUCAACUGAAAUCAACUACAGAACUUAAUAUCAAUGGAAAACGAAGACGAGAAAGCCUUGAUAACAGCAAUCUGACAAACUUUCAUCUUGGCAAUCCCAAUAAUUCUAAUGCUGUAUAUGGUCGUAUCAUUCCUGAUGAACACCGGUUUCUACGUACUUCAGCAGCAGCAGCAACAACAACGACAACGACAAGUAAUUCUAAUCAGGAACAACAAUCGAUACCUUCCAACAAACGACAAAAAUUGAUAUUGAAUAAUCCAGAAACAUCAACCAACAACAACUUGACAACCACCUCCAAUAAUGAUACUCCUUUUUUGACACAAUCCUCUUCUACAAAUCAAGAUGACAAUAACCCAUAUAUUAACAAAAGUAAUACCAAAGUCACUUUAGAUAAGUCUCCAAGACCUACAUCAAAUGCAAAGGAAAUGCAAUCAACGGCGACUUCAUCAUCCACCGUAGAAACAACUAGUACACCAAAAGAAACGGCAAUGAACACUAUGAUCCACGGUUAUUACGAUCUAGACGGCCUAUCUGGAGAGGAUGAUCGACUUGCAAGGCUAGAAAAAGAAAUACAAGCUAUUGAAUCUUCGUUAAUCGAUUUAUCAUCACCUCCACGUACAUUGUCAUUUCCACGGCGUCAACAACAAUCAUCACCUGCACGGGGACACAGCAGAAUCUUCGUUUUAUCAAGGACAUUACAUCCAGAUCCUGAUCCCAUUUUUAGUUCUCCAGUAUCACCAACAAAAGAUUCAACUGUUUCAAAAAAAGAAACAACACAUUAUGACCUCCGUACUAAUAUAAUGCCACCUACACCAUCACCACGUUCAUUAUCCAAACCUACCAGAACAAAUGCUACCAGUGCGAACGAUAUCUCUCAUAAAACAACAACAUCAACAAAUUCAACUUCAAUUUUAUCAACGUCAACGUCAAUAUUACCCACCAAGAGCCCUCGUCAUGUAUUUGUUAAUAACCACAAAGUUUUGAAUUCCUCUCCAACUGUAGUAUACAAACCUCGUAAGUCAUUUGAUUAUCGUACUGAACACAAGAAUGCAAUGGAUAUCAUCAUCACUCAGAUUCCAAAGGUCAAAUUACGUCGUACGGAUAUGAUUCGAGGACCGGAUGGCGAACUAAAACCUAAUCCUGUGUGGAAAGAAAUUUACGAUAAUGGAAGAUGGAGUCGGCCUCUCUGAAUGGAAUAUAAUGUUGUCAUCAUGAUGAUUGAUUCUUUGUUUGGUAUAUAUAUAACCCUUUAGUUAUUAUUAUUCUACUUCCUAUAUUGCCUUUUACUAUUAUCUUGUUAUUAUUUAUUUAUUUUAUUUUAUUAUAUUAUAGUAAUUCAUUAUUAUCAUGAUGAUACUAGGAAAUAGUCCUCCCGUCAUAUUAUGUUUCCAUCUACAAAUGUCAUCUUCUCCCUUGUUUCUCAUAUAGUAGUAGUUUGUACAUAGAAUUAUGCCAUUCAUUUCCAUUACUCUAUUCUCCACUGUAUAUAAUAAACUAUUUUCUUCCA